GGCGGCGAGGAAAAAGACAACUCUGACGUCACCAGCUUUGUUUUACGACAUUUGUUUUUUGCUUUUAAUGUCGACGUUGAUGAAAUUAAACCUAAUGGCAAAUAAACGUUUUUAACGCCGUUUCACAUCCGUCACGACCAGUUGACUUCGGGCAUUUGUUUUUGUUCAGUGUCCACGCACGCUUCCCGGUAUGUCUCACAACCAGCGCCACCGGCCACCUCCCUCCCACGCCGACUUCCAGCCUUCUCUGAGAUCCCUCAGCUUUUCAGAGCGACGUCGUCCCUCAGCAGACCACGACUUCCCUGGAAUGUUGUCCUCAUCCUAUUCUUACUAUUCCUCUUUGCCACCCCGAAGCUCGCCUCUUGACUCGACAGACAUCCUGAACAGCUGUGGUCUGGAGGCCACAGACUUGUCUCUCCUUGCACAGUUUCCUGAAGAUGCUUUGACUGUGGAAUCGCUGCCACACAUCCUCGAUAAGAUCAAAUCCAACAGGAGAAUGCCUCCCCUUAACUCUUUGUCCCAUUUGCCAGGAUCGGCAAUGCAAGCCACUAACCAGAGGGACAGACAGGAACACUGGGGGAAUCCCAUGGGAUACGGUCUUGUCUCCCAAAACCAUUCUACCAGGAGAGACCAUCUGCAGCAUUCAUUCCCUUCUGCCUACGACGUGGACGAUAGGGUGCCGUUUUCUGGCCGCGAUGCCCAACUGGCAAGACCAGAAAAACUCAUUCCCUCCCUCUUCUCCGUGCCUGGCCCAGCUAACAGACUCUUGACACAGCCCAUGGAGAGACAACGGAGAACUGGAACUGGUUGGGAACAAGGUCGUUCUGACGCCUCUUCCAGCAAGAUAUACCGCCAACCCACCGGUGGGGCCUUGCCCUGUAAAAAAGUAGCAAUGGACUUCCAUGGCACAACACCUCCAAUGUACCCGUACUCGUGUUCUCUGUGUAAUGUCACUGUGCUCUCAGAGAAGUUCUGGACCAAACACAUCAACAGCUCCAAUCAUGCAGAGAGACAACACAUCCUGCUUCAGAGCUUUCCAACGUGGGACUGCCGCAUGGAACCAGUCACCAGAUCUGGCAGACAAGAGAAGAAGAGGAAAGACAGCAGCAACUUGCGUCCCGCUAACCAUGUUGAGGAGAAGGCAGCCAAGAGAAGCAAUGUGGUGUGUGUCAAAUUUUCUCCUCAGACUGUGGACGAGGUCUACCUCAGGAAACUGGUGGAACCAUUUGGCAAGAUCACCAAGAUCCUUGUGUUUGCUUCACUUGCCUUCAUGGAGAUGGGCUCUGCUUAUCAAGCACAGGAGUUGGUGAAUUUCCACAACCAAUCUCCCAAAAAGAACGGCAAGCAAAUGGAGUUCAGCAUCUCCCACUCUUUCAACUUUGUGAAGAGCUCUCGGGUGCUGCACUUCACCCCAUCCCUAGAAGGAGACAAAGACAGGUCGAAUCUCUUAAGUGUUGUCAAACGCUUUGGCCAGCCUACCUAUACGCUAUUCCUGCCAACUGAUGCGUUUAUCGAGAUGAACAGUCUCCGUGACGCUCAAAAGGUGGUGGAGAAUUAUUCGUCUAACAUCCUAAGGGUCAAUGACAACAUCCUGAAAGUUUCUUUCUCUGCAGAAUACUCAAGUCUCUUGAAAGUUUCUUCUGCUCAGCAGUACAAAGAAGAAUCAACCAAGAGGACAAGGAGCAGACAUGACGACAGCCCAUCCAAGAAAAGGAAGAGAGAUGAGGACAGGUCCAAGUCACGAGAGAGUGAGGACAGUUCCACGUCCCGGGAGAGGAAGGCCAGGUCCAUGUCCCGGGAGAAGAAGGCCAGGUCCAUGUCUCGGGAGAGGAACGCCAGGUCCAAGUCUCGGGAGAGGAAGGCCAGGUCCAAGUCCCGGGAGAGGAAGGCCAGGUCCAAGUCCCGGGAGAGGAAGGCCAGGUCCAAGUCUCGGGAGAGGAAAGCCAGGUCUAAGUCAGUGGAAAGAAAGGCCAAGUUUCAAGAGAAGAAGACAAAAGAAGAGAAGCCUGACACUGAGUCCAGUUCUGCUUCUGCUGCAGCUCUGCUAAAAUCCUCGGAAGAUGUAUGUGAUGACAAAGUCCACCACGUCUAUGAAGAAGAAAGCUUUUCUGGAGAGGACAGCGACCUUGAGGGAAUGGAGGUGAUUGGCGAGGAUGGAGAUGCCUUGGAGGAGGAUGAUCUGGAAACAUUGGAGGAAGCUGAAGAAGAAAUGGACACAGAGGAGGAAACUGAUACUGAAGACCGCUCGUCGAAAGUUGAAGGUGAAAAAGAGGAAGAGAAGGCUGAUGGUGGGCUCGACAAAGAGCUCGACAAAGAGCAACAUUCUAACGGCAAAGACAUAACCAACAACGAGGGGGCAGCAGACUUCCCAGUGGACUUGGAUGACUGCAUCACUCUGGAUGAAGUAGGAGAGGUGCAGAGCAGCGACAACGGGGAAGAAGAUGAGAACGUGCAGCAGAAGUCUCGAGUGGUCUCCAUUCUGCAUCUGCCGAGUAACUAUUGCAAAGCCAAAGACUUCAUCAGUCUGUUUAAAAGACACGGGAAGCCAGUGCGCUGCUUCAUUGUGAAUCGUCUACACAGGGGCUUCAUGGAGAUGUCGAGCCACGGAGAGGCUUUGAGAGCCGUCCGUAAAAUAAGGGUUUUCUUCAAGAGGCAAUGUAGUGUAUUUCUUUCCAGAAAAUAUCCACGCCUGGACAGCGGGUGGGAGAUUGAUGACAAGCUCCAGCCCUUGAUUGGGAGUAGCAGGCCGCGCAACCAGCACGGACACAAAGAUGAGUCCAAACGCGGAAGAAAGGAGUCGACCGUAUCAUCUCAGGAGAAAAAAAAGAGCUCUCAAAAGACUCCAGUUAGGGAAGAUUCAAACAAAAAGGCACAAGAGAAACAAUCAGCAUCUAAAAAGACUUCAGAGAUUGAAUCGAAGUCUGGCAAGAGUCAGGGGAUUGAGUCAAAAUCCAGAAAAACUUUGGCAAGUGAGUCAAAGUCUGGGAAGUGCCAGAAGAAGCAGUCUUCUGGUAGGAAGGAGAAUAGUUCAGAGGGUGACAAGACUCAGGACAUGGUAUCAGAGUCCAGGAAGACUUUGGAUAAUGAGUUAGAGUCUGGGAAGAGCCAGAAGAAGCUGUCUUCUGGUCGGAAGGAGGAUAGUUCAGAGGCUGUCAAGAAUCAGGACAAGGUAUCAGAGUCCAGGAAGACUUUGGAUAAUGAGUUACAGUCUGGGAAGAGCCAGAAGAAGCUGUCUUCUGGUCGUAAAGGGGAUAGUUCAGAGGGUGAGAAGACUCAGGAAAAAGUAUCAGAUUCCAGGAAGACUUUGGAUAAAGACUUAGAGUCAGGGAAGAGCCAUAAAAAGCAGUCUUGUGGUCGGAAGGAGGAUAGUACAGAGGGCGAGAAGAUUCAGGAGGAAGUACCAGAGUCCCAGGACACUUUAGAUAUAGACUUAGAGUCUGGGAAGAGCCAGAAGAAACAGUCUUCUGGUAGGAAGGAGGAUAGUUCAGAGCGUGAGAAGACUCAGGACAAAGUAUCAGAGUUCAGGAAGACUUUGGAUAAAGAGUUAGAGUCUGGGAAAAGCCAGAAGAAGCAGUCUUCUGGUCGGAAGGAGGAUAGUACAGAGGACGAGAAGAUUCAGGAUGAAGUAUCAAAGUCCAAGAAGACUUUGGAUAAAGAGUUAGAGUCUGGGAAUAGCCAGAAGAAGAAGUGUUCUGGUCGGAAGGAGGAUAGUACAGAGGGCGAGAAGAUUCAGGACGAAGUAUCAAAGUCCAAGAAGACUUUGGAUAAAGACGUAGAGUCUGGGAAGAGCCAGAAGAAGCAGUCUUCUGGUAGGAAGGAGGAUAGUUCAGAGGGUGAGAAGACUCAGGACAAAGUAUCAAACGACAGGAAGAUUUUGGAUAAAGAAUUAGAGUCAGGGAAGAGCCAAAAGAAGCAGUCUUCUGGUCGGAAGGAGGGUAGUUCAGAGGGCGUGAAGACUCAGGAAAAAGUACCGGAGUCCAGGAAGACUUUAGAUAAAGAAUUAGAGUCUGGGAAUAGCCAGAAGAAGAAGUCUUCUGGUCAGAAGGAGGAUAGUUCAGAGGGUGAGAAGACUCAGGACAAAGUAUCAGAGUCAAGGAAGACUUUGGAUAAAGAAUUAGAGUCAGGGAAGAGCCAAAAGAAGCAGUCUUCUGGUCGGAAGGAGGGUAGUUCAGAGGGCGUGAAGACUCAGGAAAAAGUACCGGAGUCCAGGAAGACUUUAGAUAAAGAAUUAGAGUCUGGGAAUAGCCAGAAGAAGAAGUCUUCUAGUCAGAAGGAGGAUAGUUUAGAGGGUGAGAAGACUCAGGACAAAGUGUCAGACGACAGGAAGACUUUGGAUAAAGAAUUCGAGUCUGGGAAGAGCCAAAAGAAGCAGUCUUCUGGUCAGAAGGAGGAUAGUUCAGAGGGUGAGAAGACUCAGGACAUAGUAUCAGAGUCCACGAAAAGUAUGGUGAGUGAGUCAGAGGGCGAGAAGUCUCAGAAGAUGAAGAAAGACGGUGUUUCCUCAAAAGACAUCAAACAUCCUGAAGGUACAGACUCCUCGAAGCACAACCAAAGUCGAGUAGGUGGCCCGUGUGAGAAGAGAAAUGCACCUCUGGAGGACGACUCUGUGCCGGGAAAGGUCCGAAAGGGAGAGCAGAGGAGUCGAACAUUGGGCGGGAGUCCAAAACAACGUGUUCAGAACUCUCCCGAAGCACAGUCAGAUCAGAAAACUGCUGAUGGACCCUCAGGUGCCCUCACUGUACCCCUCCUGCCUGUUGGAACUGAGUUUGUGCGACCGGUUGUCGGCUACUUCUGCAACUUGUGUCAGCUCAUCUACGCCGAGGAAGACGAAGCCAAAGUCCAACACUGCAGCAGCCGCCAGCACCACGACAAGUAUCAGGAGAAGAUGAAAACUGCGAGCUGAAAGAACAUUUUUAUUUGUUUUACUUUCCAUUCCUUUCACAAUAAAGCAAUGUGAAAAAUUUAAGAGUAAAACAUUUAUUUUUGAAAAACAUUCCAACUUAAAUCACUAACGCAGAAUAUUGUUGACUCCUCCGCCUGUCCUCCCAUCCUGAACGCUUGUUCACAUUUAGAUAAGAUAGGAAGUGCGACAAGAACACAUCACUGCUAGCAGGACAACAACAUACGUCGCUAUAUUUGUGAUAAAGCAGUUUAAAUCAGUAAAUAAAAUAA